AUGGAAACUUUGAAUCUUAAACAGAUACCCUUGACUUGGAAGACAUUUUCUGGAGAGUUUCCUUAUAAAUGUAAGGGUCAUCAAACUGUUGUUUGUAAACAACAUAUCCUUUUCAUUGGAGGACACAUUGUUGGCAAAGGAAAAUCUGAUCUUAUCUAUGAAAUACGAAUUACAGGUACAACAUCUCAUGUUUUUAAAGAGUUGUGUCAUAUGCCUGAAUCACGAAAGAACCAUGGAGCUGAGGCUGUUGAUGAUAAAGUUCUUAUAUUUGGAGGAUGGGGAAAAGAUAGCAAAGUUUUAUCCAGUGUUUUGGAGUUUGAUCAAAGGACUCUUACAUUUAAGCAAAUGCCUCCAUUACCUCAUCCAUUGGCUGGAAUGGCAACAGUUCAAUGGAGAGAUCAAGUUGUUCUUCUUGGAGGUUAUGAUGGAAGAGAAAAGUUGAACAGUGUUUUCAUGUAUGACAGUAAGACAGGUACCAUUACAGUCCUACCAUCCAUGUUGGAAAAAAAUCGAUGUUGUGCAGUUAUAACAGAUGAUACAAUUGUUGUCAUGGGAGGUAUGAGUGAUGAAGGUAAUUAUCUUAAAUCAGUAGAGUGUUUCAAAAUGGGAAGCAGUUCUUCAUGGACAUAUCUUCCUUCAAUGAAUGAAACACGUGAAGAAGCCAUUGCUGAAGUUUUACCCUUUGGUCAAGAGUAUGUAUAA